AUAAAAAUUAUCUAAUCCUAACCAAUUUUAUUUUUCAACAAAGUAUUUCCAAAAAUGGUCAACAAAUUUUUGGAUGUUUUUAAGCUAACAAUAUCCCUUGCAGGUUUGAUAUCAACAUUUUAUGCCGUUAUCGAGCUAACGUACUUCCUUUCUGUGCCAAGAACAGUAAAGUUAUCCGCAAAAGAUCCAUGGCUUGAAUCGUCUUGGGCUUUGCUUGUUGAUAUGUGCUUGCUCACUUUGUUUAUUAUACAACAUUCCACUAUGGCCUCUGAAUCAUUUAAACACUUUCUAUAUUCCUAUAAAAUUCGAGAAACACAACGAAGUUUGUAUGUGAUUUCUACUGCUGCCUUCAUCUGGAUAUUGAUUAAAUAUUGGCAAGUAGCGCCAAUUUUAGCUUUGUGGCAGUUGGAUUUCAGCUAUAAGCCUGCUUUAUGGCUUUACAUUGGAAUCCAUUUUAUGGCUUGGAUUAUCAUAUAUGUUGCCAAUAUUUGUACAGACGUCACAGAGCUACUGGGUAUUAAGCAGGUUUACUACAGUUUGGUGAAUCUGCCAGAUCCAAAUCGUAGGAAAUCGUAUCAGCUAAGGAAACUUACAACUCAUAUGAGACAUCCAAGCUUUUUAGGUUUUCUCUUGAUAUUCUGGUUCUUCCCUGUAAUGACGCUAGAUCGACUCUUGUUAGCUGCGAUUCUAACUUCGUAUAUGUACAUAGCUUGGAAUACUGAUGGGGAAGAUUAUGAAUACCAAAAGUCAAUGUAUCAGAGAAAGUAUCAUGAGCUUCAGAGACUGAACUCCCUUAAUUGAGCAGAAUUGCAAUUUACUUUUGUACUAUAAGUUUCUAUGAUUAGUUUGAACUGCUUUUGACAUUUUUGUACUAGUAUGUAGCUGCCCAAGUAUUAUGACAUUUUUUAAAAAAUAAAAAUUGCUUACUUAAGCAAGG